CGCAUUUUGGAGAGAGUGGGGAGGCGGAGGGGGAUAAUGUUCCGUUCUGCUGGCUACUUCAAAGACUUCCUUUGCCCCUUCUUCCACGCGGGCGGCUGCGGGAGGCCUCACUGCCAGUACAGGCACUCGGGGGCGGGGCUCUGGGAGGCCCCGCCCACUGCCCAAAGGCCGUUGAGGGCCCCCUCAGAGCGGGGGCUUGAUAAAAAUAUCGAAGAACUAGAAAGGAUCAACAAGGAAAUUCAGUCAGUGAAGACUGAAUUUGAAGAGCAAAAGAAACUCUUGUAUUAUAGCUUUGGGAAAGAUAAUAUUAAGAAUUCCUUGACUCCUGCAGGAAAUUACAUGCAAGGAAACAAAUCUUUUUCUGAUGAAGACGAUAUCUGUAAUGCUCAUAUAAAAGCUAAAGAUUGUGACAUUUCAGUCUCAAAUAAUCCUAGUAAGUCAAGUAAAUACACUCUUGAUCGUAGCUUCCCAGCUACCGAUCUUGAAUACGACCCCUUACUUAAUUAUUGCGCAGGCCUUAGGAGUUCCUUGAAGGCAGAGUAUAAAAACGACACUCACCGUUAUAAGCGUGUGAAAAUGUUUCCGUGUGGAAAUUUGGAAGGGACUACAAAAAAUCCUCCAUGUGAAAACAGAUGUAGAUCUUCAAAGAAGAGAUCAAGAAAUCCUUCCCCAAUAAAGCUUGAAAUAAAAAUGCAGGAGUCAGAGGAUGAUACGAUUAUAAUAGAUGCUCCGCCAAUGAAUAUAGCAAGGAAACCAAGAAUACAUAUGACCUGUAAAAAGCAGAAUAGGAAAGAAAGCAAGGAAGGUUCCAGAACUAGUGCAGAAACUGUGCAAAAUUCAAAGACACCGGGGACUUUAAGUAGCAUGGUGGAGAAAACACCAAAAGAUACUACUGUUGGAUUAGGUAAUAUUAAUUCAGCUAAUGGAAAUAAAAUUGAAAUGAAAUCAACAAAUGGAAGUUGCUCUUCGUCAGGUUUAAAAGUGAAUUUAUUGAAUCUUGGAAAUGCAGAUGAGCAUUGUUACUUUGCUACUGAAGAAAGUAAUGUAUCUUCUCAGACGAACAAAGAAAUAUCUUCCCGUGAAGACAUCUUUCUUGAAAACUCUCAUAAAGACUCUGGAAUUAAAAAUGUUCAUGGGGAUAUUGAAGGAACCGAGACCAAUGUGUUAGACUGUCCAGAAGAAAAAAAAUCUCAAGAUGAUACUGAACUUUUUGAAUCUGAUGAUACUAUGGAAGAAUGCCGGAGAAUUUUCAAUGAGUUUGUUGAAUGUGAAAUGCGAAAGGAAAAACGGACAAAGAAGGCCUUUGCCACUGCAAAGGAUCCAGGUUUGAAGACAAGUAUGCUUUCCAGACAGAAGAGAAGAAUUGCACACACUGCAAAAUUUGGUCAGAUUAAAGCCAGCAAAGAAAUAAUAGUGCCUUUGAAAACACCAUUGCCACAGCAGAUUUGUCCAUCCAAACCCCUGCAAGCACAGCAAGAGGCAAUCCAAAUAACAACUUCUGUUAAAAGUGGUCAAGCUUUUGUUGCUGCAACUUGUGGCUCAAAGAAGAGUACACCAGUAAUGCCAGCAACUCCGAUUCAAAGCAUGGGACCUAUGGUUUGUUUAAAUGUACUUGAAGUUCAGCCUAUUGCAACAAACAGUGGACAAGUGAAUAUACUACUUCCUGGAAAUGCAAUAACUGCAGUGCCAUGUAGUCUUUCCAGUCAUGGUGUGAAAAAAAGUGCUUGCAUGCCAGUUAAGAUGUCAAGCCAGAGAAGGUCUGUAGUUCCAGAGCUGGGAUCCAAAGUACCAAAUGACAUAAGACAACGAUAUGUGAAUUUGUUUGUUGAAGAAUUCUUGAAAACAUGUGAUACAGAAAAUGAAGCUUUUGACAAGGCAUUAACAGAAGAAAAAGCAAUAUAUGGCCGUUGUGGUAGUAAAAAUAUGUAUUUGAACAUAGCUGUGAACAGACUUAAAAAACUGAGAGAUCAUGGCAGUGUGUCAUCAGAUGGCCAAUGUUCUACUAAUAAAGGAACUAUUUCAGCCAGUUUUAAAAAACAAGAUGGAAAACAUGAUUUUUCAGGAAUUGCUCUAUAUAGAGUUCUGAAAGAUUAUGUUUUGACUGAGGAAGAAUUAAAAGAAAAUGGCUUCCCUGAACCCAAUCCUGAGAAACCUGGCAGUGCUCUGUUAAAAAGUGGCACUGUAAAACUAGCUAUAUCUGACACAUCCAGAAGACUUUGCUGUAGAUGUGGAAAAAUAUAUACUGUAACUUUAUCAGGAAAGCAUGUUAGGAAAGAAGAAUGUAACUACCAUUCUGGUAAAGUAUUAAGACAUAAAGUUCCAGGUGGUUUGGAAACACGCUACAGUUGUUGUGAAGGAGUUGUUGGUUCUCCUGGAUGUCAGGUUGCAAAGCUCCAUGUUCAUGAUGGCAGAAAUGAAAACACUGAUGGUUUUGUGAAGACUUUCAUCAAACCGCCACCUCUAGAUGGAAAUCAUGGUGUAUUUGCACUAGAUUGUGAAAUGUGUUACACAACACAUGGUCUAGAACUGUCCAGAGUCACAGUAGUUGAUCCUACUCUUUAUGUCGUAUACGACGCAUUUGUAAAACCUGAUCAUGAAAUCAUAGAUUUUAAUAAUAGACUUUAUGGAGCGAAAGCUGAAAAAAUGAAGACUGCUGUAACAUCCAUUCGGGAUGUGCAAGCAGUAUUACUGAACUUGUUCAGCACAGAUACUAUUUUAAUUGGACAUAAUUUACAGAGUGACUUAUUUGCUCUUAAGCUGUUUCAUAGUAAGAUUGUGGAUACAUCAGUAGUUUUUCCCCAUCGGCUAGGCUUGCCUCAUAAAAGAGCACUUAGGAAUCUUAUGGCGGAUUAUCUCCAGAGAAUUAUUCAAGAUGAUGUUGGUGGUCGUGAUUGUAGUGAAGAUGCAACUGCCUGUAUGGAACUUAUGCUUUGGAAAGUAAGAGAUGGCGCUAAAGGCCGAAGAUAGUGAGAUUUCUCAACAGUAGCCUUUCUUCCAUCGUUGGUUAAAGAGAACUGUUAGUAUAAAAAUAUUAAGACAAUUUUCUAUCCCUGCUAAUUAUAUUAAUGCAAAAAGAGUACUGUACUAAAUGUAAUAUUUGUUGUAGAGAGUGGUUUGGAUCAGCUCACCCUUCAUUGUACUGGAUCUUUUUCCAGUAUAAUUAGAAUUGAUUUGAGGGAACUUUUUCACUGUUCAAAAUGGUUAAUGUUUGAGCACUUCCUAACGUUGACAGUUUGGAAGGUUGCACUUAUUUUCAAUACAUAUCCUGUACAAAAGUUUGCUUAUCUUGGUUUUCAACUGUCACACUUUGCAGAAGUAAAAGCUUAUAAAACUGAGGUCCAGCUUUCUCAUGUAUAAAACAAAUGGCUGUUCUUUCAAUUGGUGACUAACUCUAGGAAGUUUAUUUCUAGAAAAUUAUACAAGCAUGCACAUACACAGGCUUGUGUAAAAAAGAGGGGAACCCACAACCUCAUGGCAAUCAUGUUUUAGUGUAUUUCUGCUUUGAUCUGUGGCCAUUAACAUCAUAAAACAAACUAGUUUUGUAAAUUAAAUUGGGGAUUAAAGGGAGCUGUUAAAAUGUGUAUUUUUCAAUGAUUAAAGAAGAAUAAAAGUCUGUUACUAUA